CCUCAGGCAUUCACAACAGACUUUAGAGUUCACUGGGCUCAGCAUCCUUUAAGGCCUGAAUUUGCUGAAAGCACUUACUUCUUGUAUAAGGCUACUGGAGACCCUUAUUAUCUAGAAGUAGGAAAAACACUCAUUGAAAACUUGAACAAGUAUGCAAGAGUACCUUGUGGUUUUGCUGCAAUGAAGGAUGUUCGUACAGGAAGUCAUGAAGACAGAAUGGACUCUUUCUUUCUGGCUGAAAUGUUUAAAUAUCUUUACCUGCUGUUUGCUGAUAAGGAAGACAUGAUUUUCGACAUUGAAGACUAUAUCUUCACUACAGAAGCUCAUCUAUUACCACUUUGGCUUUCCACUACAAACCAAACCAUCUCUAAAAAAAAUACAACUACAGAAUACACAGAGCUGGACGACAGCAACUUUGACUGGACCUGUCCAAACACCCAGAUUCUUUUCCCAAAUGACCCUAUGUUUGCUCAGAGUAUUCGCGAACCUUUGAAAAAUGUGGUGGAUAAGAGCUGUCCUAGGGGUAUUUCCAGAGCAGAAGAGAGUUUGGGAAGUGGACCAAAACCACCAUUAAGAGCCAGAGAUUUCAUGGCCAGUAAUCCCGAACACUUGGAGAUACUGAAGAAGAUGGGAGUCAGUUUGAUUCAUCUGAAAGAUGGAAGAGUACAAUUAGUACAGCACGCAGUGCAAGCAGCAAGUUCACUUGAUGCUGAAGAUGGCUUACGGUUCAUGCAGGAAAUGAUUGAACUCUCCAGUCAGCAACAGAAAGAGCAACAGCUGCCUCCUCGUGCUGUUCAAAUCGUUUCCCAUCCAUUCUUUGGCAGGGUGGUCUUGACUGCUGGACCAGCACAAUUCGGGAUGGACUUAUCCAAACACAAAGCAGGGACAAGAGGAUUCGUUGCAACCAUUAAGCCAUAUAAUGGAUGCUCAGAGAUCACUAAUCCUGAGGCAGUGAAAGAGAAAAUUGCUCUGAUGCAGAGAGGCCAGUGUAUGUUUGCUGAAAAGGCACGAAACAUUCAAAAAGCUGGAGCAAUAGGAGGCAUUGUUAUUGAUGACAAUGAGGGAAGCAGUAGUGACACAGCUCCUCUCUUCCAAAUGGCCGGUGAUGGAAAGAAUACAGAUGAUAUCACGAUUCCCAUGCUCUUCCUCUUCAACAAGGAAGGAAACAUUAUACUGGAUGCAAUCCGGGAGUAUGAGGCCGUGGAGGUGCUCCUUUCUGAUAAAGCUAAAGACAGAGACUUGGAGAAUAUGGACCAGAAGUUAUCUGAAAACGAUUCACAUAAACAGAAUUCUGAAGAAGCUACUUCAGCAUCUCAGGAUGGUGGUGCGGUCAGUGAGGAGCCUGAAGAAGGAGAAAACUCUGAUGUUGCUGACCCUGAUUCUUUAUCUCCUGCUCACGCAGACAGUGACACCGUUUCCAAUUUAAAUCAGGAUUCCUACGUCCCUGAAACCGAUGAGGCUAGUGCUCCAGAGCCGGCAUGUACACAGAGUGAUAACCAGCCUCAGGAACAAAAGACCGAGACCGAGUCAAAUUCCAAAGUUAACUGGGAUAAUAAAGUCCAACCUAUGGAAUCCAUAUUAGCAGACUGGAAUGAAGAUAUAGAAGCAUUUGAAAUGAUGGAGAAGGAUGAACUAUGACUUGUAAUAAUAACUUAUUUGUUAGUAAACAAAUGGAGAACUCUUUGGGUAGAAGUGAGGCCCUGAUAUCUGAGAACUAGAAAAUAUGUUCAGUAUUGUGAUGAGCAACCAGGUUUCGCCUGGAAAUUACCACAGAAAUCCAGCACGCACUCUUUGUAUUGUUUUAGUUUUUCCUGUUUAAAAAUGGGAACGUGCAAUCGAA